CUUGCACGUCACGGGACCGACUGCUGGACUUACCACUAUUCUGAAACACCCAUGAACUGGGCAAGGGCUAGAAAGUUCUGCCAAGAAAAUUACACAGAUUUAGUUGCCAUCCAGAACAAGGGGGAGAUUGAAUACCUGGAGCAGACGCUUCCCUUCAGCCGCUAUUACUACUGGAUAGGAAUCCGGAAGGUAGGGGGAACGUGGACUUGGGUGGGAACCAACAAGUCUCUUACCAAAGAAGCGGAGAACUGGGGACGUGGAGAGCCGAACAACAAGAAGUCCAAAGAAGACUGUGUGGAGAUUUACAUCAAGAGGGCCAAAGACGCGGGAAAAUGGAAUGAUGAUUCCUGUCACAAGCAGAAGAGAGCCCUCUGUUACACAGCUUCUUGUCAGCCCUCAUCAUGCAGCGACCAUGGAGAAUGUGUGGAAACCAUCAAUAAUUAUACCUGCAACUGUGAUGUCGGGUACUACGGGCCCCAGUGUCAAUUUGGGGUUAUUGUAGCCUAUAGAAGUCGAUAG